UGAAUACAUGUGCUAUAAACAGUGAUAUGAAGUAUAGACUGAAUUCAGUUUUGAAAAAUUAUAUGUGUGAAGUACAUACGAAACUCAUAAAGUAUACACACAACCUGGCUUUAAACACACAUAGGAGUCAUGUUAUGCAGUAGCAAGAGGAAAACAACUGUGCAACAAUAUAUUUUCAGCACAAUGAAGGAGUGAAUGAGAGAGUUUCUAAGUAGUUUUGAAAAAAUAUGUUUUUGUUUACAACAUGCAAUGAGAGAUGUACAGUACCCAGCACUGCGGAGUGAAAAACAUGACAUUUUACAUUUCUGAACACAUUAAUACACUUUGGGCUUUGCUCAGCACCAGUCAGACUGCAAUGGUUUCUCCUCCGCCUUCAUUACCUUGUUCAAUUCUCUCGCUUUUUACCAAGUACUGCAGCGAGAACCGUGUGACGUACAAAGGGGCAGGGGAGCGCCGUGACUCAAAAGUGAACUGAGAACGAAAGAGGUGGUGUUUUUCUGACACACGGACACAUUUUCAACAUCCUGUUGGGGGAAGGCAGAGCAGUAACCACACGCAGUCUUCCAUGCUGCAUGGUUUCUCGGCUCCUGUCUGCUUUGAGCGCGCAGUUUCAGGGAUGUUAGUUCUCCUUCUUGUGCUCUCAGUCCUGGGAUGUGGGUCCUGCUCCACUCCAGAUGUGGAGUGUGUGAUCAUGAACUUAGAGUAUUUAAACUGCACCUGGAGCAGUGGCAGCGCCCCGGAGUUCAACUACACCUUCAGCACCAGGAGUUACCUCAAUACAACCUACAGUAACUGCCCCAGGUAUCUCCAGGAAGGGGGUCUCAAUGUGGGCUGCAUCAGUCCUGCCCCAGACAGGUUCCGUGAACUGCACAUCAAAUUCUUUUAUGGCAACGGGAGCUUAGUAAUGGAAAAGACUCUCCGUCUGCAGAAUUCAGUUAAACUAAAUCCUCCUCGCAAUCUGUCGGUGGAGAUAAACGCUCAGAAUCAGGAACUGUGGCUGUACUGGAACCACAGCAUGAAGGAAAACUGUCGGGAGAAUCAGGUGACCUACAGGAAGAGCUCUGAGUCGGCUUGGCAGUUCAGCACUCAUUUUCCUGCCAACUACUACAGCUUGCCCCAGGUGUCCCUGAAGUCUCAGUAUGAGUUGAAAGUGAGGACACGAGUGUCCAACAGUUGUGGAGAGUCCAAGUUCUGGAGUGACUGGAGCUCACCUGUGUUCUGCUGUCCAGCCGAGCAGAACAACACGACAGACAGUGCCUCCAUGGCCCCGGCCGGGAAGGUGCUCUUCCCAGUCAUGGGUGUUGGGGCAGCUCUCCUCCUCCUCAUUGCAAUGAUUGUCUUGCUGGUACAGGGUGAGAGACUGAGGAUCAUCCUCAUUCCUGUUGUCCCCAAUCCUGGAAAGAACUUUGAGGAUCUCCUCAAAACCUACAAUGGAAACGUUGAUGACUGGCUGGACAUUCCCAAGGAGUUCAAGAAUGGCUUCCAGUCCAACUACUAUGAGACAGCCUGUCCUGUGCGUGAGUGCUCACCCGUCUCACGGGCCACAGAUGGCGUCGGUGGUGAGGAGAGCGGAUCUCCUCAGACGGAGCAGUCGGAGGACCUCGGAGCGUCGCACUCUCAACCUGCUGCAUCUACCUCUUCUCCGAACGUGCCCCCCGGGCUGGUGUAAAAAUAUCUUCCUGUACAAACGAGACUUUCAAAGAUGCUUAGAUGUACCACAGGCUGUGUUUAUGAGUAGAACACCCCAUUUCCUCUCCUGACGUGUGAUUAUAGUAUCAGUCAGUGCUCUGUGGUAACCCUUCGCUGCUGUGGAAGCGCAAGUGAGAAGGGUGGUUAUAUGCUUGUUGAGCUGCUGGAGCGUAGAGAACGUGGCGGUCAGCACUGCAUCACCGACGUAGGUUUUGGUGUGAACUGCUGCGCAGCGCUGUGCAGCGCACCUUGGCACCUUUGCAAAGCUUGUGUUUUGAAUUAGCUUUAACCCUUGGAGAGUAACCCCUCGAGAAAUCACGUGCUACUUAACAAGGGGUGCAGUUUUUCACCCCGCAGAGUUUUAGAGGUCCGCGAGCAAGUUACAUCACUUAAAUUCAGGAUUUUCACCGUCACCGUCAGCAUUUCCCCCCCGGUCUGCAAUGCGUUUAGCAGAUUCUGCAGCAGAAAACCUUGCACUCAUCUUAGACAGGAACCACACAAAAUGGCUGACAGGAAGUGCAAGAUUAUAUGUCACCUGACUAUAUAUUAGAAGGGCACGAAUGCCAGUUAUUGCACAAAACAGUUCGGGAGAGAUGCCUAAGGUGUGAACUGCUGUGCGAUACUCUGACACAUUUCGGAACCUCCGCAACGCGUAUGUUUUGAAUUAGCUUUAACCCUUAUCGAGCAACCCCACGUGUCGUCGUGUGGUAGCUAACGUGGGGUCAAUUUUACGCCUCACAAAGCUUUCAAGCUCCUGAUAGGCACGUUACAUUACAUCAUACAACAUAAUCAAAUUAAACAUUUCAAGCAUCGCUGUCGUCAUUUUUUUAUCCAGUGUCUAAUGUGCUUAGCAGAUUCGGCAACAGAAAACCUCGUUGUCGCCUUCGAGAUGCGGACGACGCAAAAUAGCCGACAGGAAGCGUGUUUGUAUCAGUCGUUUGACCAUAUCAGAAAAGCAGCGACGCUAAAUACACAAAAUAAGAACAGAUGCCUGAAAGCGUGUGGUUCACUUUUGAAGCUUUGAAGAAUGAUACUGCGAAGCAGGAUACAAAAUAAUCCAUCCUGCAUGUUAGUUUCCAAGGGUUAAACCAAAUAAAUGUAUUCAUUAUAUAAUAAAAAUUUCAUUUUUAAGUCCGAUGUUUCAAAAUUAUACGUAAUAAUUUUGUUCACGCACGUUGGAGUAUUUGCUCUUAUGAAGAUCAUCUACUUCCUCCUCGGCUGGGGUACCCGUACCUGGUUGCGUACAGGUACCCCGAACGGUACCUCGUGUGUAUUUAGAAUUUGCUGUCUCUAUAGAAUAAGUGCUGGAGCCAUGUGAAAAUUCUGCCACUGCAACAAAUAAAUCAUAUCUUUUUCAUUCAA